AUGGCUGAAGCAUGUAUUGGUACGGCGAACAAAAAUACCAAAGAUCAAGGAAAAUCUGAAGAAAUGAUCGAUAUGAAUACCUCUACAUUAAGUGUAGAAGUCGAAAAUACUACAUCAGAUGAGCCGGAAGUAGCCAUUGAAAAUUCAUGCGAUGGAAAGACGUUCUUUAAAGUCCUCUGUGUUGGUGAUUUUUCUGGAGCUUGGAGUAAAGGGGUUUAUAUAGAAGAUUACGUGUCGAAUGAUGAAACAAUUUGCCAACAUCCUUAUAACCGACCCAUAAUUGGGGUAGAUUUCCGUGUCAAAUGUUUGUACGACAAGCGGGGCAAAAAGAUUCGAAUUGAAAUAUGGAAUUUAGCCGAGCACGAGAGAUUCUUCCCUACCAAUAAACUUCAAUAUGGAAAUUCCGACGGCGCCAUUGUCUUUUGGGGCCCGAAGAGCCACACUAUGGAGUGUGCCUUAAAAUAUAAACACGAAAUCACGCAAAUAAAACCAGACAUACCAUUCGUUUUGCUUGUCGAUAAUGUAUUCCAGACGCCAGAAAAGUGGAUGGGUGAGGGCUUGAUAAUGAAUUCCCCAGAUGAAAUGGACAGCUUCUGUCUCGAGCAUGGAUUUUUCGCGUGGUUCGAGAUGCUAGAACGUACUGGCGGGGAGAAGAGUGUUUUUGGGCAAGCCGUGUCUACGCUAAUUAACGAAAUAAUUUCCAGGAAUAACACGGUAGCAACAUCUGAAAACCAACAACGUUCAUGCAUAAUUGUGUAG